UGGAGAUGGAGGUGGGGCUGAGGUACAGACUGAUUAUUUUGCAAAUCUGGUGUGGGGCCCUUUCUGUGGCUGUAAUCGUCAUGGCAACAAUUUUAACAACAAAAACAACAACAACAAACCAACAGAAAACAACUCAGGAAGUAACCUCUACAGAAACAACAAUGACGAGUCCACCAGUGUCCCCUGUGGCUUAUUUUCAGUCAACGACGUCCGCUCCCUCACUGUCCUACAUCCAGCUCAUCCCGAACGAGUCUCAGAACUGGACUCGGGACACAGCGAUAUCUGGAGACUUGGCCUGUAACUCCUGUCCUCUGGACAUUGUAAAUAGCUCAAUCAACUGCAGAAUGGAGGGUCUGUACCUGGUCUACGCUCAAGUCUCAUUCAGCGAACUGACCUCAGACAACAGCCACGUCUACCUGACGAAAAAUGAAGUCCCGGGAGAGUCCAGGACUACCCGGAUUUUUGUCGAUAUCUCGGUUCCGAAAUCCCAGAAGAGCGUCUCUGUAAUGAAGGUGGUGAUUCUUGAGGAAGGGGACAGCGUCAGUCUGGAAAUCACAGGGGACUUUUGCACAAAGGGGACAUUUUGGGGAAUGAUCCAACUACAACAUGGAGGUGGAGUAGGACUGGCCAAAUCUUCACAACCAAACUGA